AUGGCUUACCUCCGGUCUAUACUUAGGCAAGGGCUACAGAAAAAGUACGGACUCAAUCUCUACAAUUUCAACCUGCAGCAGCAGUCCUUGCUGCCGAAAUCGACGGCCGCUCAGACCGUAGUUCAAUCGAACCAGGAAGUCUCCAAACAGCCCAAAGAUGCCUUGGAUAUCACUUUCGAGGAUGCCAGGGCUGCUUUCAAGAGCAAAACCAACUGGGAGCUCAUCAGGGCCUACAUCGUCUACACGCUUUGCUCAUUCGAGACGCUGGUUGAUAAUAACAUGAAGCUGAUGAAGUUUGCGAGAGGCGUUCUCGGAGAGAAAUUGUUCAUAACGCUGAUGAAGGGCACGUUCUACGGUCACUUUGUGGCCGGAGAGGACCAGUACAAAAUUCGACCCACCCUCGAACGUCUGAGAUCGUUCGGAGUAAAGCCGAUUCUCGACUACUCGGUCGAGGAAGAUCUGUCUCAGGAGGAGGCCGAAAAGCGCGAAGUUGAAGCCUGUCUACCCCCAGAAGAUGCCCAAACCGACGCGGAAAAAAGAGCUUCGGUACCCGAAGCAGGCGACAAAGUCGAAGCCGACUCGAUAAAACAAUACCACGUGGACAAAACAUUCGCCGAUCGUCGUUACAAGGUCCAAUCGGCGAGGACCUACUUCUACUUGAACGAGGCCACCUGCGAAAGAAACAUGGAGACCUUCAUCAAGUGCCUGGAGGCGAUAGCAGGAGCUACCUAUGGUACCGGUAUCACAGCUAUUAAACUAACAGCCCUUGGUAGACCGCAACUACUGCUGCAACUUUCUGAAGUGAUCAUGCGCACGCGUCGCUACAUGACAGAAAUGCUCGGCGGCGAAGGUAACGUUCUCUCGCAUCACGUGACACCAGAAGAUCUCGAAAAGAAGUUCCAUUCCAUUACCGACAAAGAAUCGCUGAAAAAGUUCCUAAAGCAGAUCACCUACGACAAGCAAGGUAUUCUUCAUCUUUUCCCAUGGUCCGGCAUCAUCGAUGAAAACCAAGAAUUGAGCAACACUUUCCGGGUACCGGAUCUGAAAACCGGACGCAUGGCCAGGCUGAUUACGCAGCUCUCCACCAAAGAGGAAGAGAUGUUUAGAAACAUGGUCAGAAGAGUCAAUACCAUCGUCAAAGCUGCGCAAGACAUGGAUGUGCGCAUCAUGGUUGACGCGGAACAAACCUAUUUCCAACCUGCUAUCACGCGUAUCACGCUCGAGUUUAUGCGCAAAUACAACAAGGAGAAGGCGAUCGUGUUCAACACUUACCAGUGUUACUUGAGGAACGCGCUGUCCGAGGUCACCACCGAUCUCGAGCAGGCCAAGAGGCAGAACUUCUACUUCGGCGCCAAGCUGGUCAGAGGCGCCUAUCUCGAACAGGAGAGGGCGAGGGCCGCGGCCAUGGGCUACCCGGAUCCGACGAACCCGAACUUCGAGGCCACCUCCGACAUGUACCACAGCACGCUGACCGAGUGCCUGCAGCGGAUCAAGGCGUUCAAGGACAAGGGCGAGGACAAGAAGAUCGCCAUCAUGGUGGCGUCGCACAACGAGAACACCGUCAGGUUCGCCAUCGAGAAGAUGCGCGAGUUCGGCAUCGAGCCGGCCGACAAGGUCAUCUGCUUCGGCCAGCUGCUGGCCAUGUGCGACUACAUCACAUUCCCGCUCGGUCAAUCUGGCUACUCCGCGUACAAAUAUAUCCCGUAUGGACCUGUAAAUGAGGUUCUUCCAUAUUUGUCGAGGCGAGCCCAUGAGAACAAGGGAGUGUUAAAGAAAAUCAAGAAGGAAAAAAGGCUUUUGGCCAGGGAAAUUUUAAGGCGCGUGGCCACCGGCAAACUGAUCUACACGCCAAAGGGAAAUUAUACACCUGUUUAA